AUGGUCUACGUUAAACCCAACCCCACAAGCGGAGCCAUGAAGAGGUCUGCCUCAGCGCUUGAAGGACCCCCAGGAUGGGGAGAUGUUCCUCCAAUGAUGACCAACUCCCGCGCAUCAUUCCGUCCUCCUUAUGCUCACUUUGCCAUGAUUUACCUUGACCGUGAUGGCAAGCUUAGGGUUGAUGAAUCAUCCUCUAUCCAAGAACAAAAGUCAACUGUGUUCACCGCAGAAGUCCGCCAAAAUUUCCUUGAGAUUCUGGGUGAACGUAUCGGCUACCAUGCCCCUGUUCGCCAGACGAUGGACACAUCUCCUCGUCGAGUGAGACGUCGCAAGGGCAACGUUACUGCUCUCUCUGUCUGCGAUGACCGCCUGACUGAGCAGGAGACUGACAGCGAAGACUUCCCCAACGGGUCCACCGAAAUGGUUCCUCUCCGCAUUGGAGAUGCCCAAAAGGUCAUGAGCUACUAUGAAGGUGCAUUAAAGCACUUCCAACAACUUAACUGCCGUAUGGUUGCUAAGGCAUUCAUCAAAUUCAUCGAGCCUCGCAAGCAGGUCCGACACCCUUACAAUGGCGGAAAGCCCCCGCCAGGAUCUGCCCCCGGUACUACCGGUGACCCAGAAAAGACUAAGCCCGAGUGGUGGCCUCCCGGUGUUAUGCACAAGGAGCCUGAUCACUUGAGAAAAGAGUAUCGUAUUGAGCUCUUGCUUCACAUUAUCCGUAAGCUCGGUGCUUACGGUAUUACUGCCGAUAAGCUUAAGGAUGUUGCUGGCGACACUAAGCGGAGCUUGAAGCACGCAUCCCAUGUCGAGAUCAUCUACGAGAUCCUCCGGGUUCGCAAGAUGGAGGAGCGUUUUGAACGAGGUGAAGUCGAUGCCAACAUGGUCGUUUACACAAUGAACCGCGGCCCUAGCCCUAAGGGCGAUGAAGAAGACGACUCAGCCGAUGCACCCUCAGUGAGCAUCGAGGAGCCUGAGCACCUCAACCAAGGAUUGAUGACCCCAAUUUCAUCAUUUGAUCAAGCAACUACCUCCUUGACCACACCAAUCGACAACAUUCCAUCAGCUCGCUCCCUCCCAGGCAGCUUCUCCAUGGCAGAGCCUCUCAACUUCGAACACCCCACCCGCCAUGAACGCCCCUACUACGCCACACCUCCCCAGUACACAGAGUCAUUCUCGCAGCCCAUGCUCAGCGCUCCCGUGACGGCAGAGAUGAUUGGCCCACAUGACGUCUCAGCCUUCGACUACUCCAACACCUUCCAAAACUCCACACCUGAUCACUCACGCGCGGGAGUAGCCGGCCACUACGAGACCUGGACCCCGUCUUUCCGCCAGAAUGUCUUCACACCUGUUGACUACCCUACACCCGCUACUAGUCAGGGUAUGCACCAGCCCUCAAUGACAUACCAGAUGCCUAUGGUAUCCCACAUGCAAGAUAUGUCCCAUCACCAUUCCCAGCAGUCCCAAAUGGACUCACUCCACCAGAGAUCCCUGCCUUUCCGCACCGGAUCUCUAGGCCACCCACACCCAAAUGGGAUGACGAUCUCCCACACUGUCUAA